UACCAAGUGGCAGAGAGUUGGACACCUGGACUGUCUCCGCCGGAUACAGGCCCGCAAGGACAGCUGUGUGGACCGCCGGCCGCUUUCCCGCUGCAGGUUCUCCUGGGCUGGCGUGAGGAAUCGGAUAGUCAGUAUGCGUUUCCAAGGUGUUGGACUAUGUUUGGGUCUUCUGUUCAUCACAGUUAAUGCACAAUUUAUGGGUGAUGGUGUUGAGGUGGAAGACUUCAAUCAAAAUUCGGAAGAGACUGACGUUAAAGAGGAGAUUCCCUCAGGGACUAUUAAAUAUAAGACACCUCAACCUAUAGGAGAAGUAUAUUUUACAGAAACAUUCGAUAGUGGAAAUUUGGUCGGGUGGGUCUUAUCAAAAGCAAAGAAAGAUGAUUUGGAUUCAGAGAUUUCGGUAUAUGAUGGAAGAUGGGAAAUAGAAGAACUGAAAGAGAACCAAGUGUCAGGUGACAGAGGCCUGGUGCUGAAGUCCAAGGCAAAGCACCACGCCAUAGCUGCCGUGCUUGCAAAGCCCUUCAUUUUUGCUGAUAAGCCUUUGAUAGUUCAAUACGAAGUAAAUUUUCAAGAUGGUAUUGAUUGUGGAGGUGCAUACAUUAAACUUCUAGCAGACACUGAUGAUUUGAUUCUGGAAAACUUUUAUGAUAAAACAUCCUAUACUAUUAUGUUUGGACCAGAUAAAUGUGGAGAAGAUUAUAAACUUCAUUUCAUCUUCAGACAUAAACAUCCCAAAACUGGAGUUUUUGAAGAAAAACAUGCCAAACCUCCAGAUGUAGAUCUUAAGGAGUUCUUUACAGACAGGAAGACUCAUCUCUAUACCCUUGUGCUGAAUCCAGAUGACACAUUUGAAAUAUUAAUUGAUCAAAAAGUUGUAAACAAAGGAAGCCUACUAGAGGAUGUGGCCCCACCUGUCAAUCCUCCCCGGGAAAUUGAUGAUCCUAAUGACAAAAAACCCCAAGAGUGGGAUGACAGACCCAAAAUCCCUGAUCCCUCUGCUGUCAAGCCAGAAGACUGGGAUGAAACUGAACCUGCCCAAAUACAAGACUCAAGUGCUAUUAAACCUGAUGGCUGGCUUGACAAUGAGCCAACAUUUAUCCCAAAUCCUAAUGCUCAAAAACCAGACGAUUGGAAUGAGGACAUGGAUGGAGAAUGGGAGGCACCUUACAUGCCUAAUCCAGCAUGUCAGAUUGGAUGUGGGGAGUGGAAACCUCCCAUGAUAGACAACCCAAAUUACAAAGGAGUCUGGAGACCUCCAAUGAUAGAUAACCCUAGCUACCAGGGAAUCUGGAGUCCUCAAAAGAUUCCUAACCCAGAUUAUUUUGAAGAUGAUCAUCCAUUUCUUCUGACUUCCUUCAGUGCUCUUGGUUUAGAGCUUUGGUCCAUGACUCCUGACAUCUACUUUGACAAUUUUAUUAUCUGUUCAGAAAAGGAGGUAGCAGAUCGCUGGGCUACCGACAGCUGGGAGCUGAAAAUAAUGGUGGCAAAUGCUAACGAGCCUGGUGUGCUGCAACAGCUAAAAACAGCUGCGGACCAGCAUCCAUGGCUCUGGCUCAUUUACCUGGUGAUGGCUGGGCUGCCAAUAAUAUUAAUCACUUCAUUUUUUUGGCCAAGAAAAGUAAAGAAAAAAUAUGAAGACAUGGAGUAUAAAAAAUCUGAUGUAUGUAAACCACAGAGCAAGGCGGCACUGGAACAGGAGGUAAAGGAAGAAAAGGCUGCCCUGGAGAAAACAGAAGAGUUGGAAGAGGAAAAGAAGCCAAGUGAGGGUGAAAUUGUUGAAAAGGAAGAGGAAGGUGAGCCUGAAGAAAAAAGCAAAGAAGAAGCUGAAAUCAUAGAAGGGCAAGAGGAGGGGAAUAAGUCAAAUAAAUCCGGGUCAGAGGAUGAGAUGAAAGAAGCUGAUGAGAGCACAGGAUCUGGAGAUGCGCCAUUGAAGUCAUUACGCAAGAGGAGGGUACGGAAGGACUAAAGCGUGUUCGAGUAUUUUGGAUUCCCAAGAGAGAUAGAUACCUGGCAUUCUGAAGCUAGCAUGCCUGAGUGGACCUUGAACCCACCUGUGCAAACUCUAAAUCUCCAGCAAUGUUAUUCUUUCAGAUACUUCUUUCUUUCUUUCUUUUGGGGGAAAAAGUAACUUUGCAGUUAUCUGGUCUUUGAAUUUAGAAUAAAAGAAACGUGGAGCAUUACAUCUGAGAUCCAAGAGAUUACUGUCAUUAGAAGAUACAGUUUUAAGAGUUUGGAGAUAGUUUUUGUUUUAUAGAGCAAAAUAAUAUGCAGUAACUUUACAGCUGUUGAAAUAAAUCAACUAUUGGGCUUUCCACUUUAAUGACUAUGCAAAAAGGUAGUAGGUAGUUUUAUAAUAGAAGUGAGAGUGUGCUCUGUUGUACAGAUGGAGAGUGAGUUCCUCUGUGGUUCUUCGAUUUAGAGUGUUGUUUGGGACCCACACUUACCUUGU